UUACUUCAUAUCCCCAGAAAAAUUUGCCGCCACUGUAAGUGUCCACAGUCAGAACACUUUGAAACAGUGAUGCCUUUAGAAAUGGAGAAGACAGUGACCAAGCUGAUGUUUGACUUCCAGAGGAAUUCAACUUCUGAUGAUGAUUCUGGCUGUGCCUUGGAAGAAUACGCAUGGGUCCCUCCUGGACUGAAACCAGAGCAGGUUCAUCAGUACUACAGCUGUCUACCAGAAGACAAAGUACCCUAUGUCAACAGCCCUGGAGAGAAAGCCCGUAUCAAACAGCUUCUGCACCAGCUGCCUCCACAUGACAAUGAGGUUCGAUAUUGUAACUCCCUGGAUGAAGAAGAAAAGAGGGAACUCAAACUUUUCAGCAACCAGAGGAAGAGGGAGAAUUUGGGCAGAGGCAAUGUCCGGCCAUUCCCUGUCACCAUGACAGGAGCCAUUUGUGAACAGUGUGGAGGCCAAAUCAAUGGAGGCGACAUAGCCGUCUUUGCAUCCAGAGCAGGCCAUGGGGUGUGCUGGCAUCCAUCAUGCUUUAUAUGCAGUGUUUGCAAUGAGCUGCUGGUGGAUCUUAUCUAUUUCUAUCAAGACGGGAAGAUUUAUUGUGGCCGGCACCAUGCAGAAUGCCUCAAACCUCGAUGCGCAGCCUGUGACGAGAUUAUCUUUGCUGACGAAUGCACAGAAGCUGAAGGAAGGCAUUGGCACAUGAAGCACUUUUGCUGUUUUGAAUGUGAAACUGUGCUGGGGGGCCAGCGCUACAUCAUGAAGGAAGGGCGUCCGUAUUGCUGCAACUGCUUCGAGUCCUUAUAUGCAGAGUAUUGUGACACCUGCGCUCAACACAUCGGCAUCGACCAGGGUCAGAUGACGUAUGAUGGCCAACACUGGCAUGCUACAGAGACCUGCUUUUGCUGCGCCCAAUGUAAGAAAUCUCUGCUUGGCCGACCAUUCUUGCCAAAACAAGGGCAGAUUUUUUGCUCCAGGGCGUGCAGCAUGGGAGAUGAUCCAAACGGUUCGGAUUCAUCGGACUCAGCCUUCCAAAGUGCCAGAGCCAAAGAAUCCCGCCGUAGUGCUAAGAUUGGGAAGAACAGGAACAAAGGAGAUGAGAAUGCCGGCAGCCAGAGUAAUCAAUUACAGGUGACCUCCAGCAGACUGUCUGCAGAUGUGGACCCUCUGUCCUUGCAGAUGGACCUGCUGAGUUUGUCCAGCCAAACUCCAAGCCUAAACAGGGACCAUGUGUGGAGGAGCAGAGAUGAACUCUACCACUACGGGAACAAAAUGGAGCAAAGUCCAUCGCAAAGCCCUUUGCAGCUGCUCAGUCAGUGUAAUGUCAGGACGCCCUACAACCCAGCCCAGACUCCAGGGCCUCAACAAGAAAUGUGGGGUAAACAUUUCAACAACCCAAAGAGAAGCUCCUCUCUAGCCAUGAAAGGACAUGGCAACAGUUUCGUUCAGGAAUGCCGAGAAGAUUAUUACUCAGGAAGGCUUCGGUCGCAGGAGAGUUACAGUGACAUGUCCAACCAGAGUUUUAGUGAAACCAGAGGGAGUUACAAGUAUGACCAAGAAGAAGAUAGUACCAUGACAGAACAACAUUGUCGGACCAGGCAUCCACUCAGUGCACUGAAAUUCACUGAAAAAUUGUCACGCACAGAACAAACUCCUCGGGGUUCAAUGGAGUCGCUGGCUCUUUCCAAUGCAACAGGUCUGUCUGCAGAUGGUGGUGCCAAGCGACAAGAACACCUGUCCCGAUUCUCCAUGCCAGAUCUAAGCAAAGAUUCAGGAAUGAACGUCUCAGAGAAGAUGAGUAACAUGGGGACCCUCAAUUCCUCUGUACAGUUUAGAAGUGCCGAAUCUGUCCGCAGCCUAAUUUCUGUUCAGCAGUACCAAGAUGUUGACGCCAACCUACACAAUCUUGCCAAUCCCAUUGGAUACAGGGAUACCUCAUCUCACGGAAGGAUGCACCAGAGCUUUGAUUAUGAAGGUGGGAUGGCCAGUAAAAAAUUAGCUGGGCAAGACAAUAUCAGACAUCCCCCGAUGAGCGAACGCACACCCAGACGAACUAACAUCCGAGAGGACGAUCGGCGUUACCGCCCCCACCGGCCCCGACGGUCCAGGCGUUCCCGGUCAGAUAAUGCUCUUCAUCUCACUAGUGAACAAAACUAUAAGUUGAAAGAGAGGCCCUCUCUACGAGCCAGAGAGGACUACGACCAGUUUUUGCAGCAGAGAAGUUGCCGGGAGACCAUGGAGCAGAACACCCGGAGAAACCUGUACGGUCAGUGUCCAAGGACUGUCUCAGACCUGGCUUUGCAAAAUCACUUUGGUGAGAGAUGGGGACCCUACUUUGCUGAAUACGACUGGUGCUCCACCUGCUCCUCCUCCUCCGAAUCUGACAAUGAAGGCUACUUCCUGGGAGAACCGAUUCCACAACCAAGCCGACUCCAGUACGUCACUAAUGAAGAUCUUCUUCACAAAUACGGCUCGUACAGCAUGCCUAAGUCUUCUACGCUGGGUGGCCGAGGACAGUUACACAGCCGAAAAAGGCAAAAGAGUAAAAACUGUACCAUAGCAUAGCCGCGUGAUCCAAGCACAGUGUUAGAGAAUGUAAUUAUUUCAUCAACUUGCACUGCUGUAGGUUUUCAAGCGCUUUUUAUUGUAACAAAACAAUCCAGGCAAAUCAGGGAGCUGUUAAGAGGAGGUCAUAGACAAAAGGUCUAUAAAUAGUCAUAAUUGUUGGCAUGGUGAAUAUAUUUUGCACAUUUAAUUUUGGGGAGGAAGGGAGGGAGGGAUAAAAAUUUAUUUUAGCAUGUUAUAGUUACCAAUUUACCUCCUUCCCGUAAGUAGCUGCCAUCCAUUUAAUACCCCGUUCACCCAUAUGUUUUUAGUUGAUGUUGUUUUCUGUAAUGAGCAGUUAGCUACUCGUUUAAUCUCUCCUUUUUUUUCUUUCUUUCUCUUGGGUUUUUUUAUUUUCAACAUCUCUCUAAGGGGGCCAUUUCCCCCACCAGAUUGCAAAGAAGCAGAUGUUAAUUCCCACAUUCGUUCGGUCAAUGAGAGUUUGGAAAAAAUACUUUCGUAUUUGGUAAUGUCAGAAGAAUGUCUUCCUCAUAGGAGUCACUGGGAUAUCCAGGGACGUCUAUUGUGGUUUUGGGACAGAGCUAGGCGAA